AUGCCUGAGAAACUAGCCAACAUAACCAUCAUAAUGGAAUUCUUGCUCAUGGGAUUCACUGAUGACUGGAUGCUACAGAGACUGUAUGCAGCCCUCUUCUUCCUCAUUUACCUGAUGACAUUGAUGGGCAACCUCCUCAUUGUCACCCUCACCACCACUGAUCUGCAUCUCCAUGCCCCUGUCACGGAGUAUGCCCUCCUUGUAGUCAUGUCCUACGACCGCUAUGCUGCCAUCUGCCAUCCUUUGCGCUACGAGACCAUUAUGAAUAGAGGCUCCUGUGUGCAGAUGGUGACUGUGUCAUGGCUCAGCGGAUUUGUCUAUGGAUCCAUCCAUGUAGCAGGUACAUUUUCUGUCAAUUUCUGUGGGCCCAACAUAGUGCACCAGUUUUUCUGUGACAUUCCAUCACUGCUUACACUUGCUUGUCCUGGGGAGCAAAUUCUAGAAUAUGCAUUUAUAAUUGCCAGCUUUUCCUUUGCCUUUUUAUGCUUCCUUUUCAUGAUUGCCUCUUAUGUUCACAUUUUCUCAGCUGUCUUAAGGAUUCCAUCUGCUCAAGGCAGGUUCAAAACUGUCUCCACCUGCAUGCCCCACCUCACUGUGAUGGCCUUGUUCCUCUUUUCAGGCAUUGUUACAUAUUUAGGCACCAACUAUAAACCUGCAUCAUCACUGAAUCUUUUCAUGUCUGUGUUAUACUCUGUGUUACCUCCCAGCCGGAAUCCUGUCAUAUAUAGCCUGAGGAAUAGGGAUAUGAAGGCAGCCCUAGGCAAAUUACUGGGUGGUAAAAUGUUGCUAAAGAUGUAA